GUUUAAGCGUUUCGCUGGCUCGGAGUGCAGAGGCGAGAAAGAGACAUGCACAGAGAGAGGAGAGGAGAGGAGGGGAGUAGUGAAGUGAAGCGAAGCAGAUAUUAGAGCGGUGAAAGAAACUGCUCGCUGCCCACUCCCUCCAGUCUCCAUCUCCAGUUCUUUCACUUCUCUUCUCCCUCAUUUAUCUGCCUCUCGGGUCACUCCGGGCUCCGGUUUCUUGAUCUUGGCGCCUGUCCAUGGCGGGGUGAGCGGAAAGGCUGAAUCUUGGAUCCCAACCCUUGCGAUUCUGCUCGGCCGGGAUGGAAUUCGGCGGCGGCAUUGAUGAUCAGAGUGAGAUGUGGGGAUGGCAAAGUCAGGAGUAUGAUCUGCAGAAAGAUUUGCUAGCUGCAGACGCUGCAGAUCCAUCUAGCUGUUUGUGGAGUGAAACAAGUCAUAAUGCGGGUGAUGCUUGGAGCAUGUUCGAUGAGCAAACUCCAAUAAAACAUUGUACAGACAUAGAUUUUCAGUUCUGUGAUAUAGGAGAUAUCGUUGUCAAGGACUUUGAUGAAGGAAAGGAAACCUUACAAGCUAAACGAAGACGCAUGCUCCAGUUCUGUCCAGACAAUGUUGAGAUGGAUUGUGCUAUGGCAGCAGAUGGACUCUCGGAAAGCCUUCAAGUGAAUUUGGGUUUCUCUGGUCAUCAGUGUUUGUUAAACUGUGAUGGGACCGAAGAACUACCAGAAGAAUGGCUAGUAGAUUGUUCGCAACAAGAUAAUGAGAGUUGUUGCCCGCCUGAAGAAAUUAGUAGUCCUGCUGCGGCCUUGGAAGAAGCCAAUCUUUCUGUGCAUGAAAAUUCUUCGUCUCAAGAGCAGAGCAAUACAGUCCAAAAGACCACUAUGCAAUCUCGACCAACACCUCUAAAAGCUGGAAAAAAUAUUAUUCGAGCAAGAAAGGUGAAAACAUCAGUUGUCUAUCCCUUCGAACUUAUCAAGCCAUGCGGUUUUCAUGGUGACAUCACAUUGCAUGACAUCAACCAGAGGAUUCAUGCCCCGCCGCCAUACAAGAUAAAGCACAAGGUGGAUGAGGAGCAACUCUCCUACCAGACUUCAGCUAUUUCUGGGAAGCCUGUUGUUCACAAGACAAGGAUCCAUACAGAAGGGGGAAAGGGCAGUAUCACAAUCACAAGAACUAGAGGUUAGGUAGGUCAAUGGUAUGGUAUGCAUAUAUGGUUCCAAUAUGGUCCUUGUACCAUGCAUUUCUGAUAUAUUGGGUUUGUGUCAAUGUUUUGUGGCCAAGGAAAUGCAUGCCCUUCUUGGAAUAAUUUAGCCAUUUCUUCUUCCAUUGCCCCCUCUUUGGAACUUCUUUGCCUGUACUUGCUUGGUUAGUGUGAGAUAGUACUAUAGUAGUGUUUAGGCAGGGGUGUGACAGUGGCAAAGUGUGCUGCUUUUCGGUUCUUGGUUGAAGGGGGGUAAUUGAUGUCAUGAGAUAAGUAAUUGCGGACAUAUUGGUUCGGUGAGAUUAUAUUUUGAUGAUGCAAGCUCCAAAUCCUGAGCUGUUUAACUAUAGGACUGUACUGCAUAAUUUUGCUUGAAGCAUUUUCAGAAGCAUGGCAGCUGGCAACC